CAACAAAAGCAAGCCAAAUGGAUACAUAGCUUGGUCCUAUAUCUAAGGCAAUUUAAUAGUGAUAAUAUUCAUAGUGGACUACAACACCAUUCUCAUAUUUAUUUUUCUUAGUUUUACCCCAUGGCUUCCGACGAUAAUGACAUAGUCGAAGAAGUAGAUUACUUCUAUCGACUCUACAGAAGCGGUCGCGUUGAGCGUUUCUAUGACUUACACGGUUCUUUCUACGUUCCACCAUCACCACAACAUCCAUCAAAUGGUGUCUUUUCUAAAGACGUCACUAUUUCACCCCACGUCUCUGCUAGACUCUAUCUUCCGGAGAACAUAAGCGAUGCCCAAAGACUACCCGUGUUAGUAUAUUACCACGGAGGUGGACUUGUCAUAGAAUCAGCCUUCUUCAAUUGGAGUCAUAAUUAUACUAACUCUUUAGCUUCUGAGCUAAACGUCAUUGUUGUUUCUGUAGAGUAUCGCUUAGCCCCCGAGGUUGAUACAACCGCGAUUUAUGAAGAUUGUUGGACCGCACUUCAAUGGGUCGCUUCACACGCUGAUGAAAAUUCGUUAAUCACGAGUACUAGUAAUAAAGACUCGUGGUUAACGAAUCACGGUGACUUUAGUAAGGUGUUUUUAGUUGGGGACAGUGCUGGUGGCAAUUUAGUGUACCACAUGACUAUGAAGGCCGGCAAGGAAACCUUGAGUAGUAAGGUGAAAGUUACUGGAUCGAUUCUUGCUUAUCCUUAUUUCUUGUUCUCAGAUAUUGACGUUGAUGAAAAGGGAUUUGCUUACAAGAUUUGGGUCAACAUUUGUCCACCACUAGAAUCUGGGUUAUUAUCCCCAAUUGAUAGUCCAUUGAUUAACCCUCUUUCUCAAAAGGCUCCGCCUUUAUCGGAGCUAGGUUGUUCAAGAAUUUUGGUGUGUGGGGGAAAGAAAGAUGAUAUAAUUCCAUUAGGAAUUGUGGUUCGAUUUGUUGAAGGUGUGAAGGAGAGCGGAUGGGACGGAGAAUUGGAGUAUCUUGAGGUUGACAGUGGACAUGUAGUACAAAUAAUUAAACCUGACUCCGAGGAAGCUAAACAUAUGAUGAAGUGUUAUGCUAAUUUCAUCCAUCGCAAAUGAUCAAUAAUACAAAUUCGCUAUAUAUGCGAGCUGUUAUUGGAUUAUAAUUACUUUGUACUUUUCUUCAAAUCAUCCUUUGAAGUUUUCGCAAUUGCUUGGUCUUAUAUUGCAAAAUAAAACAUGUUUGUUUGUAGUUGUAAAAAGUGCUACAUGGUUUGUUUGUGGUUGUAAAAAAGUGCUACAUCAACAACGCAAUAUAUUUUAUUUUUGGCAA